UAUCGACUUCCUUUUGCUUCAGCAGAUGCCCUUUCGACUUAUGUUUUACCUGAUUCUAACAUCCCUUUGGUCUAUAGAGACAUCAUUGUUGAAUUAUAACUUCCACCAGAUAACAGAAUAGGAAAUAUUUCAUAAUGAGCGUCCACCUCGGUAGAGUUACAUCGCUGUCAUCACAAACGUGGUGUCGCGUUGCCCAUGCACGCUCUUCGUGGAAAGUAUGGCGGUCGCAGUUCAACUCUGGACUGUCGUGCAGGGGUAUGGCCGGCCAAUCUGACAGUCCUAUGAAUGUGUUUGACAGGAAAGCGAAACGGAUACAGAAAAACAGAACGGCUUUGAUGGAAGAUUAUCGAGUUUAUGAGUAUUUAAAGGAGGAGAUUGGAUACAGAGUUGCAGACAGAAUUUGUGAUGUUAAAAGAAAGUUUGGUGUUGCUGUUGAUCUUGGAUGUGGCCGAGGACAUGUCUCAAAGCACAUCUAUAGUGAUAUGGUUGGGACAUUAUACCAGUGUGACAUGGCAGACAGGGUACUGAUGCAAAGUGAAUUAUCUCCAGAAGUUCCUACCCAUCGAGUUAUUGCUGAUGAAGAAUAUUUUCCUUUCAAAGAUAACUCCCUUGACAUGGUUGUCAGCAGUCUUAGCCUACACUGGGUGAAUGACCUGCCUGGAUGCUUUAGACAGGUCCACAAUGCACUGAAGGAUGAUGGGGUAUUCAUUGGCAGCAUGUUUGGAGGAGACACCCUGUUUGAGCUGCGAGUAUCUCUGCAGUUAGCAGAGACAGAGAAGGAAGGGGGCUUUGCACCUCACAUCUCCCCUUUCACUGAUGUCAGAGACCUGGGCAACCUACUGACAAGAUCUGGCUACACCAUGUUAACUAUCGACACAGACGAACUUGUGGUCAACUACCCAUCCAUGUACGAACUCAUGCAAGAUCUCAAAGGUAUGGGAGAAAACAACUGUUCCUGGAACAGGAAGCCGUUGCUACAUCGCGACACAACGGCUGCUGCAGCUGCUAUAUAUAAAGACAUGCAUGGAAAUGAAGACGGAGUACCAGCAACAUUUCAAAUAAUGUACUUCAUAGGUUGGAAACCUGAUAAAUCACAGGCUGCGGCAGCCAUGAGAGGAUCAGGUCAGGUGUCCUUGAAAGACAUCGAUCAGUUGGACAAGCUCACCAAAGACUUCCAUGAUGCCAAGGACCGCUAUGACAAGGACCGACUAGAUGAGAUAGCGGAACAGUUGCAGGAUAGAACUGAACCAGACACAGAUAAUAAAAAAUGAAGAACACAUUGUCCUCAAGACAUGAAGACAUUGUCCCCAUUGUUUCUGGUCAUUAGGCUGGCCGUUCCCCUCCAUGACACUAGUGGCAUCAACUGGCUUCAGGAUACAGCUGAUACAAAUGGCAUCAACUGGCUUCAGGAUACAGCUGAUACCAAUGGCAUAAAAUGGCUUCAGGAUACAGCUGAUACAAAUGGCAUCAACUGGCUUCAGGAUACAGCUGAUACCAAUGGCAUCAACUGGCUUCAGGAUACAGCUGAUACAAAUGGCAUCAACUGGCUUCAGGAUACAGCUGAUACAAAUUGCAUUAACUGGCUUCAGGAUACAGCUGAUACAAAUGGCAUCAACUGGCUUCAGGAUACAGCUGAUACAAAUGGCAUCAACUGGCUUCAGGAUACAGCUGAUACAAAUUGCAUUAACUGGCUUCAGGAUACAGCUGAUACAAAUGGCAUCAACUGGCUUCAGGAUACAGCUGAUAUAAGAUGGGACAUUAUUUGUACAAGCAAAUAUUGGAAAGCUUCUGUGACAAUGGUCUGAAGUGGAUGGACUGGACUACAGAAAGAGCUGUUGGUAAUGCUGACCAGUGAUGCUGUAUGCACUUUCUAGUUGUUUAAUACCUGCGUAACUGAAUCUGGUGUGAGGCAGUGGACAGUGGCAAGGGUCAAGGAUGUGGGCAAGUCUCGUUCUCUGUUGAGCUGCUGUAGUCAUCAGCAGUGACUUGUGUAGCCGGACCCAGCACCUACGAUAUGAACAGAGCCAUACUAUACUGAGGGAACUGAAUAAGGGAACGAGUAUCAGCAAUUGUUUACUGAAUAUCAUUGUGGUGAAUAUCAUUGCUUCUUGUUCAUGUCUGUAAUAUAAGAUGCAGUUUAAACUCCUACUUUGAGACCUGUGAAUUGUCUAGACUAGACAUUUUCCCCUGAAAGUAGUAAUGUUUCUUCAAGAACUAAAUUUUUAGUCCUUAUUUAUCUUAGUACGGGUUUGUGUAGAGAGAAGUUACGUCACUGGGUGACAUCAUAAUGUGUGAUGCUUGAUAAAUAUAGAUCCCCAGCUACCUAUGCUUGUUGUUCAAGGUGACUGAAUGGAUCGGGUGGUCGGACUCGGUGACUUGGUUGAUUCAUGUCAUCGUAUCUCAAUUACGUGGAUCGAUGCUCAUGAUGUCAAUCACUGGAUUGUCUGGUCCUGACUUGAUUGUUUACAGACCACCAUCAUAUCACUGGAAUAUUGAAUGUGUCGUUAAACCACAAACAAAACAAAAUUUCAUCACAAGGUUGCAGAGAUGCAAAUAUUUAACCAAUGUAACCUCACAUGAUGCAAUAGAAUGCUGAAUAUCCAAGAGGGGCGGUCGGGUAGCCUUGUGGUUAAAGCGUUCUCUCAUCAUGCCGAAGACCUGGGUUUGAUUCUCGAAAAGGGUACAAUGUGUGAAGCCCAUUUCUGGU